UGGAACAAUUAUUUGUUGGUAUUGUCAUCGCUAAGUGAAGAAAGCAUGUCUGAGACCGCGUCUGCCGAGUCCCUGGAGAUCCCUGUCUAUGACUUAGACCUGUACACAGACCCUCGGGUACAGUGGUUUAAAGACCGCAUCCUCAGUUACAUCGGCUUGAAGGAUGAGGAGCUCUUUUAUAAUAUGUUUGAAGGUGAUGCAAGACAACAAAUGAUUACAUUUGUAACGGCCCCGGUACUUCCGAACGAACUUUCUUUAGAUAAGAAGACAUUUUUUGUGAGCAAAAUCAUUGUGGAUAAACUUAUUCACGAGGACAAGGAAUUUACUGAAUGGAGAAUUAUCCCUCCACCGCCGCCUCCACCACCGCCUCCACCAAAAAAGAAAAAGGGGAAGAAAGGCAAGGAACCUGAAGCAGAACCUGAACUCGAACCGGAUGCAGCAAAAAGUGCAAAAUCAAUGAAAAGUAUGAAAAGUAUGAAAAAAGAACCCGAAGAAGAAACGGAUGCUGGUGAUAUUGAAACUGUGGCAGCUGUUACUGUCGUCUCUGAAAGUGAAAUGGAGUCGAAGCCUUCUGUCUACUUUCAAGUAGAAGAAGAGGAGCCACCGGUCGUCGCGGAGGACUCUUAUUCCUUUCCACCACCUCCACAAGAUCUUGAUCCCGAGGUGGAUGGGACAGUUGAAUAUUAUACUGUUAUUAGAUCGGUACCGAAAGUAAUACAAUAUCCAAAACUGAUACCAUUAUUCGGUUCAUUUACCCCGCAAGUAUCAAACCGCAAUCGCCGCUACAUUUACUUUGUAAGGCAAACCCAGGAGGAGAUUCCUUUGUACGAGACUGCCAGAAUCACGAAGUUGAGAAUGCCGGAGUAUGUACUAGUUGGCUGCACCAGUGGAAAGGUUUUGAUGAGCUUAGGGUUGCAGCUCAAGACAUUCAUCCCAUUGUUCGAAAAGCAGUUUCGCGAGAUUAGCACGAUGGCGCAGCAAUCGUCUCAGGGAGCGCUCUCGCGACAAAUAUCGUUCGCGGGAGAACAUCACAAGAUGGAUGAAACUGCUUCUGAUGUGAAUUACUUACGACCUUCAGAUUACAGAAGAAUGUCAAAUAUCGCCCGUGGAGAAAAUGCUGAGAGACGAAUGAAAAAUAUGCGAUCGGAAUCAGUAAUACCUACUAAAAUGUAUAAAGUAACACGACCGACGUCUUCCGUUACAGCGAAGAAGUCAUCGUCUAUAGAUAUUCCAUUAGCAAAGAGUAAAACUUCACAAAAAGCAGAUAAGCAGAAGACAACGGCUCAAGAAGUCAUUUCAGAUAUCAACGAACUUGUGGCGAUAGUGGAGUGGACUAUAGAGCAUAUCGAAGGCGAGAUACAGUUGCCCAUGCCCAAUAUAGCAGCGCUGAGUGAGCCACAUGCGCAUAUUGACAUCAACGACCCUGACUUUGUUGGUCAACUGGAAGAGGCCGUUGUUAUGUGGCAAAACCAUAUCGACUCCACUAUUGCCGCUUGUUUGGGAAAAACGCGUGAAGGGGAAGGACCCGUCGCCGAGUACAAGUACUGGCGAGAAAGAGACGCAGAGAUAUCUUUACUCGUCGAACAACUCAAGCAGCCCAUGGUGGUCAAGAUUUUGGGUUUGCUUCAAAAGGCAAAUUCUCCUUAUUUAGAUGGGUUCAGAGAAUAUAAAGAAAGAUUGCUUGAACAAUAUAAUUUAGCUGGCGAUAACUUGAAAUUCCUCUCGACACUAAUGAGAUUCUUUACAGUAAUAGAAGACGACUCGCCACUUCAGCAAGUGAUAGACAUUCUGCCAGAACUAGUGGAGAGCAUCUACAUGAUGUGGGUGCUUUCAAAGGGUUAUCGCACUGAUGAGACUAUGAUACCGUUGAUGGCUAGGAUCUCCUGGGCGCUUUGUGAUAAACUUGAACGAUUUCUAGAUGUUCAUAAGCUGUUUGACAAAACGAAUGAAGAGGUGUUAUCACAAGCACGCGCAGGUCAAAAGAUAAUGGAGCUGUGGCACAGUCUGUACAAGGAGACGAGGCGGAAUAUCGAGUUGAGCGGGAAAGGAGCUCGCUGGGAGUUUGAUCAGCCGUUGCUUUUCACCAGAACUGAUUACAUUGGGACCGUUGGUCGGGAUCUAGGCGAUGCUAUACAGGUUCUAAUAGACUUCGAGCGUGUAUUUGGCUUGGAGUUAGCGUCCAUUAUCAGCGACCCGACACAAAUUGACGAUGUCCGGAAGCGUGUAAAAAAUCUCGUCUAUCCGAUACGAACCAUCGACUUUAGCGUGUUUGUGUUUGACAACAAGGAAAACUGGGACGUCAUCAUGAAUGACUUCUGGAAUGAGGUGCGAUAUCUUGAAGAGGAGGCCAAGAAUUACAUUAAUUCCUGUUUUGGUAAUCUGCGAAACUCUGAGGAAGCUCUUGACGUGCUACUUAAGUUCGUGGAGUAUGACCUCAGAGACUCCAUAAAACGGCAACUCGAGACGAAGUUUGAUCUUGUGAUGCGACAGUUUUUAAAAGAACUCACAGCUGUUGAGGACAAGUUUACGCGCUUUCGUAAAAAUCCUCCACUACUCCGAUAUCAUCCACCGAUGGCCGGUGCCAUCUACUGGGCGAGAGCACUUUUCAAUAGGAUGAAGCAACCUAUUAUGAAAUUCCAGAAGAUCGAAAAAUUGAACGAAUGCGAACAAAAGAAGGAGGCUUUCCUUCAGUACAAAGCCUUUUCGAAAGUUAUCAAAGAUUACGAAGACACUAAGUACAACGAGUGGGUCGACGGAGCAUCAAAAUUUGUGGACGACAUGAUGAAGAAAAACAUUUUGCAUGUUGUCUUCAAGAAAGAGGAAGAAGAAGCGCCAUCUACCCAACGUGGCAUGCAAUUAACUGCUGCAGGAAAGGCUCACGUGGCAAAGAAGAAAGCUUCGAUUUGGUCUCUGAAACCAGCUGACAUUGUAAACAAGGAACUUGCACAGAAGCGGCGCAGAGAUAAAGCAUUAAUGUUGAUGAGGAUACCGGGCCAACAUUACGAAAACGUUCGAUCCCCGAGCUCAAUAUCGUUACUCGCCAAAGAAGGAUUGACUGAUGUGACUUGGCGAGACCUGACCGUUCAUAAACUAAUGCAAGAAUAUGAGCUGGAAUUUCAACCAAAUUUUGAUAAGCAAAUAUUCCUUGUUAUACAUGAAGCCGAACUUAUGGAGAAACUAGGAUUUCAGCUACCUUCUAACAUUCGUGAUGUGGCCAUGCAAAAAUCUCGACUUUAUUACGAAUUAGAGGCACUGGAAAUUAUUAUUUCUAAAUAUACCGCUAGCACUAAGUCACUCAGUCCAUCCGAAACUCAUUUAAUGAAGCGCCAUCUUUUGGACAUGGAGAGACACAUCCUUCCCGGUUUGACAAGAAUUACGUGGACAGCACUCGGGAUUAAAGAUUACAUUAAGGACAUUACUAAAGGUCAAAACUCGUUACAAGCCGUAUAUCAGCAAUUGAAAAUGGUUGAAAAGGAGGUUCAAUUCCUUUUAGACCAACUACACCAGUUUGACUUGUUCCCGUUUGUGAAGCCAAAAAAUUAUGUUGAUCCUGAUACACGAGAACCUGACGAUACUUGGCUUUAUCCUUGUAAGACCUACUUUGUCGAAGUGGAAAACGAACGCUUGGAGAGGGUAGCCAUAUUGUCUCGUAUCUAUGACCGCAUUGGGCCGAUUCUCAUGAAAUUGGAAUAUUUGAUCCUUGGAUCAAGUUCAGGAAGAUCUGAAGUAAUGACAGCUUAUUACACGCAUUGGGAGAAGAAGAUAUUUAAGUGUAUAGUAUCGUUGACACUUGAAAAUCUGGAUGAUUUCCAAAAGUCUCUAAGUGAUAAGGCGCCUUUGUUCCAAGUGGAUGCAGUCCUUGUGCCACCAGAUAUUACUAUGAGACCUACGGCAGCCGAAGUCUAUAACAUCGUUGGAUAUAACAUUAAGCAUUUUCUCAAUAGAUUGACGGCCUUUCCUCGAUGGAUGAAGAAGACUUGUCUCCCGUGUCCUCCGCAGCGGUUGGCCGAAGCGACCGGCAACGAGUUUUACGUAUUCUCAUACUUCGAAGACGUGCUCCGAGUGGUUUCUAUCAAUGACAUGACGUUGCUGAUACAGGACACUGUCUACAGGCUGACUCAAGAUAUUAAUACCUAUAUUCAAAAGUGGCAAAAGUACCAACAUCUGUGGACGUUUGACAAGAACCUGUCUUGUGAAAAGUAUAUACAAAAACAUGAGCAGAUUCAUAAGUACGACGAAAAAUUCUUCUUUUUCGAAGAUAUCAUCGCAGAUUUAGACAAACACGCAAAAUUCGUGGACGUUGGAGCGAUAAGAGUCAAUUUGAGGCCGAUCAUAAAACAAGUGCAAGAUCAUGCUCAAGAAUGGAAAAACAACCUGGGCCACUGUAUUGCUACCAAAACCAGGACCAAUAUGUAUGAUCUGAAAAAUCAGAUUGAAGCUCUACGAACAAUUAUAAAUAUGAACAUCAAAGGAUUGGAUGACUUCAAGCAAGUGAUGGCAGCCAUUACUCAGGUCCAGCAGUUCACUGUCACAGCCGAGGUCAAGUACAAAGCCAUGCAAAGCAUAUUCAGUAUGCUCCGGCAACACAACAUCGAUGUAUCUGAUGAAGACUUGGAAUUUUCAAAGAAUUUGCAAGCAUCGUGGGGUACGUUAUAUCAAACCUCACUCUUCCGCGGAAAUACCUUGGAACAAACGAAAGAGAAGUUUUCCAAACUCAAUGUUGUGGAAAUAUCGAAUUUCUUGAAGGAGCUCGAUGACUUUGUUGAAAAGUUCGAUAAUGAAGGCCCCGCCACUGUAGGGGACGACUUGGAUCGCGGACUAAUUUUAAUGGAGGAAUAUACUAAAUACUUUGAUGAGCUUGAGUCGCGUAAAAAAUUACUUCAAGCCGCAGAACAAUUGUUCGACAAUCCGCUUGCUGACUUCUCAAAUUACAAUCGAGCCAAAUCCGAUUUCCAAGCAAUGGAACAGGUGUAUAAGAUUUAUAAAGCACAGAAGAAUGCACGAGAGCUGUGGGCCAAGACGUUGUGGGUUAACCUAAAUCCACAGGCUCUGGUUGAUGGAAUUGAACAGUUCUUCAAAGAGUAUAGGAAAUUACCAAAGGCUGUACGUCUCACAAGCACUGGUUUGAUGUUGGACUUAAAAAUGAAACAGUUUAAGGGGGUUGUACCUCUUAUGGUUUCACUUAAGAACGAGGCUAUGAGAGAACGACACUGGAAAGAACUGAUGGCCAAGACUGGACAGACAUUCGAUAUGUCUCCGGAGCGGUUCACAUUGGAGAAUAUGUUUGCCAUGGAGUUACACAAGUAUCAGGAUGUAGCCGAAGAAAUCGUCAACCAUGCUAUCAAGGAAUUAGCAAUAGAACGUGGCGUUCGGGACGUGCAAGAAACUUGGGCCAACAUAUCUUUUACAGUAGCGCGACACUUCAACCGCGGCGAGGACCGCGGCUAUACACUGAAUCCUUGCGACGAAAUCAGUGUUAAGCUAGACGAUGACGCCAUGUCACUGCAGAGUAUGGCUGCCUCACAGUUUAUUGGACCCUUUUUGACUGUUGUACAAACGUGGGAACGUCGCCUUUCCCUAAUUUCUGAAGUGAUAGAAGAGUGGAUGGCUACUCAGCGUAAAUGGCUCUAUCUGGAGGGGAUCUUUGUGGGGGGUGACAUCAGAACCCAGUUGCCCGAAGAAGCCAAAAAGUUUGAUGACAUUGAUAAGAAUUUCAGAAAGAUAAUGUUGGACACGGCGAAGAGGCUGAAUGUUGUUGAUUGUUGUACAGUGCAGGGCAGAUUGGAAGAGUUCGUAAACUUAGGUUUGGGAUUACAAAAGUGCCAGAAGUCAUUGAACGAAUAUUUAGAUUCAAAGCGACGCAUUUUCCCGAGGUUUUUCUUUAUUUCGACCGACGAACUUUUGUCUAUUCUGGGAAGUAGUGAGUGUAGCUGUGUACAGGAACAUAUGAUAAAGAUGUUUGACAAUAUAAGAGGUUUAGACUUGUAUGUGGAUCACACAAAUCGGCCCGUUGCUGCCAAAAUGAUUUCAGCAGAAGGAGAGAUAAUGGAUUUCCGAAAUGUGGUUUAUACUGAAGGAAGAGUAGAAGAUUGGAUGAAUCUCGUUCUUAAAGAAAUGAGGAAUACUAACAAAUUUGUUACCAAGAAAGCAGUAUUCUAUUAUGGCAAGAAUUGGAGGGUUCCAAGAACUGAUUGGAUAUUAGAAUAUUUGGGAAUGGUAUGUUUAGCUGCAAAUGGCAUAUGGUGGACGGCGGAAACCGAAGAAACAUUUCACCGGAUAAGAAAGGGAAACAAGAGGGCGAUGAAAGAACAUUUACAGCAACAGAAUGAACAAUUGGAUGGAUUGGUGGUUAAAGUGAGACAAGAUCUUACCUCAAACGACCGCCUUAAGUUCCGAACAAUAACAACGAUUGAUGUUCACGCGAGAGACAUUAUCGAAGGCUUUGUUAGAGACAAUAUUACGGAAGCUGCUGAAUUCGAAUGGGAAAGUCAAUUGCGAUUUUAUUGGCUCAAGAAAGAUGACAACUUGUGGAUCAAACAGUGCACAGGUGUAUUUGAAUAUGGCUAUGAAUACAUGGGACUAAAUGGUCGGCUUGUCAUAACCCCGCUAACAGAUCGAAUAUAUCUAACCAUCACACAGGCUCUCACAAUGCAACUUGGAGGGGCACCGGCAGGCCCAGCUGGUACUGGAAAAACUGAAACCACCAAAGACUUGGCAAAAGCUCUUGGUCUUCUAUGCGUGGUCACCAACUGUGGCGAAGGCAUGGACUUCAGGGCAGUAGGCCAGAUCCUUGCCGGUCUCUGCCAAUGCGGAGCGUGGGGUUGUUUUGACGAAUUCAACCGCAUCGACGUAUCUGUCCUAUCCGUCAUAUCCACGCAGCUUCAGUGCAUUCGAAGCGCAUUGCUGAUGAGGCUGAAACGCUUUACGUUUGAAGGACAAGAAAUCGAUAUGGACAGCAAAGUCGGUAUUUUCAUCACAAUGAACCCUGGUUACGCCGGUCGGACCGAGUUACCGGAAUCGGUUAAGGCUCUUUUUAGGCCGGUCGUGUGCAUUCUACCCGACUUGGAGAUGAUCUGCCAAAUAUCACUAUUCUCCGAUGGUUUUCUUACAGCUAAGGUUUUAGCGAAAAAGAUGACCGUACUAUAUAAAGUAGCCCGUGAGCAAUUAUCAAAGCAGUCCCACUACGAUUGGGGUUUACGAGCGCUCACUGCCGUGCUACGAAUGGCUGGCAAGCUUCGCCGAGACUCACCGGGGCUAAGUGAAAUCAUGGUUCUCAUGAGGGCAUUAAGAGACAUGAAUCAUCCGAAAUUCGUGUUUGAAGAUGUUCCACUGUUUCUUGGUUUAAUCAAGGAUUUGUUCCCUGGUCUGGAGUGUCCGAGAGUUGGCUAUCCUGAUUUCAAUGCAGCCGUUACCGAGGUGCUAGAGGCUGACGGCUAUGUGGUCCUUGCUCAUCAGGUUGACAAAGUGGUACAAAUGUACGAAACAAUGAUGACAAGACAUUGUACGAUGCUGGUGGGUCCUACGGGAGGAGGGAAAACAGUUAUAUUGCAAUGUCUCGUGAAAGCGCAAACCAAUCUGGGACUACCGACAAAACUACAGAUUGUCAAUCCUAAGGCCUGUUCCGUGAUAGAACUGUAUGGCAUUUUGGAUCCAGUGACGAGAGAUUGGACAGACGGUCUUUACUCUAAAAUAUUCCGGGAAAUGAACAGACCGGCUGAAAAGGAUGAGCGUCGAUAUUCUUUAUUCGAUGGCGAUGUAGACGCCCUCUGGAUUGAAAAUAUGAAUUCUGUGAUGGAUGACAACAAGCUUCUGACCUUGGCCAAUGGCGAAAGAAUCAGACUUGCGCCGUAUUGCGCCCUCUUGUUUGAAGUAGGCGACCUGAACUACGCUUCACCCGCCACUGUGUCUCGAGCGGGCAUGGUCUUUGUCGACCCAAAGAAUCUUGGCUAUCAGCCGUAUUGGGAGAGAUGGCUUCGAAGCAGAAAUAACGAAGAGGAGCGUGAGCAAAUGGCCGGUUUGUUCGAGCACUAUGUGCCGGGCGCCAUCAACUACAUCGUAUUCGGUCUUUUUGGCUUGCAGCAGCAGACGCCGCUAAAGACCAUCGUGCCGCAGACGCCGCUCAAUUUAGUAGUGCAACUCUGCUACAUGAUCAGCGGUCUUUUACCGAACAAAGAAGACAGUAAUGAAGAAAUAGAUAGAACAGUGGUCGAGUGUGUUUUUAUGGUUUCAAUGUACAACAGUCUUGGCGCGUCUAUUGUUGACAACGGAAGGUUUGACUUUGACAACUACGUAAAGAAGGCGUGCCCAAUGAUGCUUGUCGAAGACAGCCCGGAGAAGAAAGCCACUACAAAGCAUUUUCCAAUGGGCUUUCCCACUCUUUAUGACUACUGUCUGGAGUUGACAACAAAGUCGUGGGAGGCGUGGGAAUGGCUCGUCCCUGACUACGAACAUGACAGGGACAUGAGGUUCUCUUCUAUCCUUGUGCCGACCGUUGACACGCUACGGCUCACUUGGCUCAUAAAGAUUAUGGAGAGUGUCGAACGUCCGGUCCUCCUAGUAGGAGAUACGGGCACGUCAAAGACUGCAAUUAUAACAAACUAUCUCCGGGGACUUCCAUCUGACAAAUAUAUAAUCCAGCAAAUGAAUUUUUCAUCGCGAACCUCGUCAAUGGAUGUUCAACGUAAUUUAGAGUCCGUGGUCGAGAAGCGGACCAAAGACACCUUUGGACCACCCGUCGGCAAGAGAAUGCUGGUCUUCAUUGAUGACAUGAAUAUGCCAAUAGUCGAUACAUACGGAACUCAGCAGCCGAUAGCCUUACUCAAACUAUUAUUUGAGAGAAAAGGCUUCUACGACCGAGGUAAAGAUUUGAAUUGGAAGAAUCUUAAAGACAUCGGUUUCCUCGCUGCCAUGGGCAAAGCAGGCGGUGGAAGGAACGAUGUCGAUCCUCGUUUUAUAUCAAUGUUCUCCGUAUACAACUUACAAUUCCCGUCAGAAGCGACUCUUCAGCGGAUAUACGUGUCCAUUUUGAAAGGACACUUCUCUACGUUCCCGGACGAAGUACAAGAAAUUGUCGAGAAGAUUGUCCAGAUGACGCUGGAUCUCUAUAAGAUAAUAAUAGUGGACCUUCCUCCAACUCCGGCUAAGUUCCACUACAUAUUCAAUCUGCGCGACUUGUCCCGAAUCGCAGCCGGGAUGCUCCUCACUCAUCCAAACUUCUUUUGCGAGAAGCGCACCGUUGUCAGGUGCUGGCGGAACGAGUUCACUCGCGUCAUAUGUGAUAGACUCAUCAACACACAUGACAAUGAGCUAAUGCAAAACCAUAUACAAGAACAAGUGGCCAAGUACUUCCCGGAGGACGAGCCCGUCGUUCUUGAGGAGAUCGUGGUGCCCGAAGAGGAACCAGUACUUGAAGAAGAAGACGGUAUGGAAUGCAUAUCGUGUAGAUUCCUGAAAUACUGGUUUUGUAUAAUCGAGCCUUCUAAACAACCGCAACACGUGGAUCCAACAGCCCAUGGACACCUUUGUUGGCGGCCUUUAAGAGAGGAGUUAAUUUUAGAACAGUUUGGCGACCCCAUUCCAAAACCAGAGAAAACAGCGGCGGCACCGGAAGCCGAGCUUGUAGUCGAAGAGGAGGAGGAGGUGGAAGUCGAAAAACCACUAACUCUAGAAGAGUAUGUUCUCCGAGAUCCGUUGCUGUUCGGGGAUUAUCGUAAUGCGUUAGACGAGGAAGAAAUAAGAUAUUACGAAGAUCUCUUAGAUUAUGAAGCGGUGUAUUUUCUCUUUCAAGAGAUACUGGACGAGUACAACGAGCGCAUGAGUAAAAUGUCUGUCGUACUCUUCGAAGAUUGCCUUGAACACUUGACGCGCACACACCGGAUUCUACGCAUGGAUCGCGGAAACGCUAUGAUCAUUGGAGUUGGAGGUUCCGGGAAAAAAUCCAUAUGCAGACUUGCCGCUUUUGCUGCCGGUUGUGAAGUAUUUGAAAUCACGGUCACCCGGAAUUACAACGAAAAUACUUUCAAAGACGACAUGAAGAGAAUGUAUAAUCAAUUAGGAGUCGAUGGAAAACCUACAGUUUUUCUUUUUACGGCUGCACAAAUAUUAGAAGAGGGGUUCUUGGAGUUCAUUAACAACAUCCUCAUGAUCGGAAUGAUUCCUGCACUGUUUGGUGACGAUGAGAAGGAUGCCAUUAUCAAUGCCGUUAGAAAUGAGAGCAGUGAAGCUGGAUAUGGAGUUGCUAAAGAUGCUGUAUGGAAUUUCUUCUGCAAUAAAUGCGCUAAUAAUCUGCACGUGGUCCUAUCGAUGUCACCCAGUGGCGACAUUUUAAGGAAUCGAUGUCGAAGUUUUCCCGGGCUGGUCAACAACACCACCAUAGAUUGGCAAUUCCCAUGGCCUAAGCAAGCCUUGCUGGCCGUAGCUAAUGUUUUCCUUGCCGAUGUUGAAAAAAUACCAGAAGAAUUUCGACCAAUUAUAGUAGAACAUGUGGUCCAUGUUCAUAUGUCUGUCGCGCGAUAUUCAGUGGAAUUCUUGUUACGUCUGCGGAGGAAUAACUACGUUACUCCUAAACACUACAUGGACUUCCUCACCAAUUACCUCUCGCUAUUGAACGAGAAAGACGCAUUUAUUGUGGCUCAGUGCGAACGUUUAAUCGGUGGUUUGGCAAAAAUUGAAGAAGCAAACGUUCAGUUAGAAGAUUUGAAUGCAAAGCUGGCAGUCCAGAAGGUAAUUGUCGCUGAGCAGACAAAGGAGUGUGAGAUUCUGCUGAAGGAAAUUUCAGUGGCAACUGAAGCAGCUGUUGCUAAACAGCAAGUUGCCGAAAUAAAGAGUGCCGAAAUAACUAUACAAAGUAAGGUAAUCGUGGAAGAAAAAUCUGAAGCUGAGGAAGCGCUUUCCGCUGCAUUGCCUGCUUUAGAAGCAGCGAGACUCGCUCUGGCUGAUUUAGACAAGAAUGAUAUUACUGAAAUUAGAUCCUUUGCAACACCACCAGAAGCUGUGCAGGUUGUAUGUGAAUGUGUGGUUAUUAUAAGGGGUAUCAAAGACGUCAGCUGGAAAGGAGCUAAGGGGAUGAUGGCAGAUCCUAACUUUUUGAGAAACUUACAAGAAAUGAACUGCGACUUGAUCACACAGAAUCAAGUAAAAGCAGUUAAGGCGCAUAUGAAAAAGAGCAAGAAAUUAGAGACUAUGCAACAGAUCAGUAAGGCUGGAUAUGGUCUUCUAAAAUUCGUUAUAGCUGUCCUUGGAUACUGCGCCGUAUACAAAGAAGUUAAACCCAAGAAGGAUAAAGUAGAAUCACUAGAAAAAGAAUAUACAGAGGCGUGUAACUACCUCGCUUCACUAAACCGCGAAAUUGAUAGACUUCAACGUACUUUGAACGGUCUUAACAAUCGUUAUGAUACUGCGAUGCUCAGAAGACAAGAGUUACAAGAAGAAACCGACAUUAUGAUGCGACGUUUGAUCGCUGCUGACAAGUUAAUGUCUGGCUUAUCCAGUGAACAAAAGCGAUGGACGGAAGACUUAGCAGCGUUGUAUGUAGAACAAUCUAGAUUAAUUGGUAAUUGUUUGCUCGCAGCGUCGUUUUUAAGCUACGCGGGUCCGUUUUCAUUUUCGUUUAGACAGACUAUGAUAUACGAGGAUUGGCUGGGAGACGUCAUAGAAAGGGGAAUACCACUCACUAUGCCGUUCACAGUCGAAAGAAAUUUAACUAACGAAGUGGAAAUAAGCGGGUGGAACUCUGAAGGAUUGCCUCCAGAUGAGCUGUCGGUGCAGAACGGCAUACUGACUACGAGAGCCUCUCGGUUUCCUUUAUGUAUCGACCCCCAAACUCAAGCCCUGACGUGGAUUAAAAAGAAGGAAGCUAAAAAUAAUUUAAAGGUUUUAUCAUUUAACGAUCCUCAAUUCUUGCGCCACUUGGAGAUGGCUAUAAAGUACGGGAUGCCUGUGCUGUUCCAAGAUGUCAACGAGUACAUAGAUCCCGUCGUGGAUAAUGUGCUCGAAAAAAAUAUUAAAGUUGAGAGCGGUCGUACAUUUGUGAUUUUGGGCAGCUCUGAAGUGGAUUACGACCCUCACUUUCGCAUGUACCUGACUACAAAACUAGCCAACCCACAGUUCAAUCCCGCCGCAUACGCCAAGGCUGUGGUCAUCAAUUACACUGUCACUGUUCAGGGACUCGAAGACCAAUUGCUGAGUGUAGUGGUACGAGCGGAACGAUCCGAUCUAGAAGAGCAAAGGGAGAGUCUCAUCAUAGAAACAAGUGCUAAUAAAAGUCUUCUCUCGGGUCUAGAAGACUCACUUCUCCGAGAGCUUGCUACUUCAACAGGCAACAUGCUGGAUAAUGUAGAGUUAGUCAACACAUUGGAAAAUACGAAGUCAAAAGCUGCCGAGGUAAUGGAGAAAUUAGAUCUAGCAGAGGCAACGACAAAAGAUAUAGAGAAACUGAGAGAUGGCUACCGGCCUGUGGCUAAGCGAGGCUCUAUUCUGUUCUUUGUUCUCUCUGAUAUGGCCGGAGUUAACACUAUGUACCAGUACUCGCUGUCAUCAUAUCUCGACGUAUUCUCCUUCUCGCUGAGAAAAGCAAUGCCGAAUGUAGUUUUGAUUAGGCGUCUUAAAAAUAUUAUUGACAUGCUAACUAAAAACGUUUAUGACUACGGUUGCACGGGAAUAUUUGAACGCCACAAAUUGUUAUUUUCUUUCCAAAUGGAUAUAAAACUGGAACAGAGUGAGGAUAAAGUGAGUCAAAUGGAACUCGACUUCUUCAUAAAAGGGAAUGUUUCACUCGAAAAGGCUGCUAGGGCUUGUCCAGCUACCUGGAUCCCUGCUCAGGGUUGGCAAGAUAUAAUAAAAUUGAGCUUAGAUUUUCCUGAAACGUUUGGUGAGCUGCCGGAUCACAUUAGCAGAGACCUUGACUCUUGGCAAGAGUGGUUUGACUGUGAUGCGCCGGAGUCUGCCGAGAUACCAAAUGCGUAUCGAGAAAACUUAAAUCCCUUUGAGAUGCUGAUGUUGCUGAGAUGUUUUCGAGUCGACCGUAUUUAUCGUGCCCUCACCGACUACAUCACUGUCACCAUGGGCGAGGAAUAUAUAACUCCUCCGGUUAUCAGCUUAGAUGGUAUAUUCGAACAAACAACGCCUUUUACUCCGGUGGUUUUCAUCUUGAGUCCCGGCUCAGAUCCCACUGCUGACCUGAUGAAGCUAGCUGACCGUUGUGGUUUCGGCGGAGGAAAGUUUAAAUAUCUCUCGCUAGGACAGGGACAAGAAGGAGCUGCGCUAGCUCUCUUGGAGGGGGCUAUAUCCCAUGGUCAAUGGCUUAUUCUUCAAAACUGCCAUCUCCUUGUCUCUUUCCUCCGAGAGUUGGAAAAGCAACUGGAGAUGAUGGAGAAGCCCCAUCCAGAGUAUAGGCUUUGGUUGACCACGGAUCCGACGCCUACAUUCCCAAUUGGAAUUUUACAAAGGUCUUUAAAAGUGGUAACGGAACCUCCAAACGGAUUAAAACUUAAUCUACGAAACACAUACUUCAAGAUGCGUCCCCAUGCGCUCGAGGAAUGUCCACAUCCACAAUUCAAGAAGCUGGUCUACGUACUCGCCUUUUUCCACGCUGUUGUACAGGAACGGCGGAAAUACGAUAAAAUUGGAUGGAAUAUAUCGUAUGACUUUAGCGAAUCGGACUUUGUGGUGAGCAUGCAGAUAUUGCAAUGCUAUUUAGAAAGAUGCUUUGCAGCCAGUGGGCCGAUACCUUGGGCUACGCUGAAGUAUCUUUUUGGUGAAGUGAUGUACGGAGGUCGUGUGAUAGACGACUUUGAUCGUCGUGUGGUAAGAACUUACAUGGAGGAGUACAUGGGAGAGUUUCUCUUUGAUAAGUUCCAACCCUUCCACUUCUAUCGCGAUGCUCACUACGACUACGUGAUUCCGCCAGAAGGCGAGCGAGAGGAGUAUAUCGAUUUCAUUGACACACUCCCUCUGGCCAACACGCCAGAAGUGUUUGGUCUUCAUCCGAAUGCUGAGAUUGGUUACUUCAGCCAGGCCGUCCGAGAAAUGUGGGGACACCUCAUUGAAUUGCAACCCCAAACGAGUGAGGGAGGUGGAACAAUGAGUCGCGAAGACUUUAUUGACAUGAUAGCGGUCGACAUUUUAAAUAAACUGCCGCCCGAGUACGAGAUAUGGCGAGUGAGGAAACAGUUCGAGAUGAGUAUCACCCCUUCAGCCGUCGUCCUGUUGCAGGAACUUGAGAGAUUUAACCGUCUAAUAAGUAGAAUGCGUGGCACACUAUCGCUCCUGCGCAAAGCUUUAGCUGGAGAGAUUGGUAUGGACGCUGUUCUGGACAACGUGUCAUACAGUCUGUUCAACGGACAACUUCCCAACGUGUGGCGCAGCUUAGCUCCGGCCACUUGCAAGGGUCUCGGCGGUUGGAUAGACCACUUCAUGUCCCGGACGAAGCAGUAUACGGACUGGGCAACUAUGGAGGAGCCAGUGGUUAUCUGGCUAUCCGGGCUGCACAUCCCCGAGUCAUAUCUGAUCGCACAAGUGCAGAUGGCGUGUCGCCUCUACACUUGGCCACUGGAUCGUUCUACACAGUUUACGCGUGUCACUAAGUUUAUUUCACCCGAUGACAUCGAAGAGCGACCAGUGACAGGCUGCUAUGUACGUGGUCUAUACUUAGAGGGGGCACGCUGGGAUGUGGAAGAUGGCUGCCUUCGUCGCUCUAACCCCAAAGUGUUGGUUACCGAACUACCUAUCAUGUAUAUCAUACCCAUAGAGUUCCAUAAACUUAAACUGCAGAACACUCUUCGCACACCGGUGUAUACAACAUCUCAGAGGCGUAAUGCAAUGGGAGUGGGUCUAGUGUUUGAAGCCGACUUAUGGACUGCGGAGCAUUACAGCCAUUGGGUGCUUCAAGGUGUCUGUCUUAUUAUGAAUACAGACUAAUAUUAAAGUAUUAACUGAUUCUUAUAAUUAGAUUUUUUUGUUUUUAUCUAGUUAACGUAAUUUAUACAUGACAUUCACAUGUACAUUUUAUCAACAGAUCUU